GAGUGUCCUCCUUACUACCGACGUAUCUGCAACCAGCAACAAGGGCCAUAACAUGAAUUCAAGAGGUAAUGCUACAGCGCUGAGGCGGUUAAUGACAGAGUACAAGCAAUUGACCUCUGGAGGCUCUCCUGAUGGAAUGUUCACUGCCGGUCCGGUAUCCGAGUCAGACUUUUUCACCUGGGAAGCACUCAUCUGUGGACCACAAGAUACACCCUUCGAAGGUGGCGUCUUCGCUGCAAAAUUGACAUUUCCGUCUGAUUAUCCCCUAUCGCCUUUCAAGAUGAAAUUUGACCCUCCUCUAUUCCAUCCGAACAUUUAUCCGGAUGGGAAUGUCUGCAUCUCCAUUCUGCAUACUCCCGGAGACGAUCCCACUAUGUAUGAACAGGCAUCAGAAAGGUGGAGCCCAGUCCAGAGCGUCGAGAAGGUCAUUCUUAGUGUUAUAUCUAUGUUGGCAGAACCAAACUUGGAGAGCGGCGCCAAUAUCGAUUGCUGCAAACUGUACAGGGAUAACAAAGCGGAAUAUGAGAGGCUUGUUAGGGAAUCUAUUAAACAACAACUUGGUUUGUGAAUAUGUCCGUCUGUAAGCUAAAUAGGUGCUUGCGUAAAUCGAAUGAAUAGUACUAGUUCUGUGCAUUAUGUAUCGUAUUUAGUUCUUCUAUGCGCACUAACACUG